AUGAGCUUCUUCGAGAGGCAACACCAGAGGUCAAAGCAGAGGUCGAGCAGAUCUGAAAACAGUCAGCAAGUCAAUGAGGAUGAAGCUGCCAAUGGAGAGCAAGACAGUGAAUACCUCUAUGGUAUCCAAAGUGCAAUGGACUCCUUGCCCAAGACACUUGAUGUGGCUGCUAACCAGAUAUAUGCGAAGACUGGUUGCAUGGUUGCAAUCCUCAUCAGGGGUCCUCAGCCAUGGCUGGGUGGCCAGAUCACAACUUGGUUUGUGCAUCAUGGUUGGAUUGGUGACUUUAACAACUUCAUUCAAGAUGUCUUUCCGCCUGAGAUAUGUGAAGCUCGAGUGCUGCAACCUAUUUUAUCACUGUUGACCUCCUCAUGUGGCCUCACACCAGUGGUUGCUGCAGCUACUCAGUCCACAGCCCUGUCGUGUAGCCUCAUGCCAAGGGUUGCUGCAGCUACUCAGUCUGUGGCCCUGCAGCCUGCAGUAAGUGGCACACCAACCGAUACCACGAUUCAGCCUACUGCAACCAAACCUGUAGCCCAGCCUACCACAACCAAACCUGUAGCCCAGCCUGUCACAGCUUGUACACCUGGUGCUAUCACCACCACUAUGUCAACAAUGUCCACUGUGACUAAGUUCAGUAUCACUCCAACACUUGCUACUGUAGCAACACCUAGUACUUGCAGUAACACCCUCUACUACAACUACUGCAACAAUGGUACCUGCUACAUCGCCGACUACCUUGUCAUCUCCUGCAACAACAACAGCACCUGCUCCCUCACCAACUCCACCAGCAACAAAGGAUUCAGAAAUGCUUGA